CGAGUUCCUGUUGUUCUCAACCAAUCAGAAACUAGUUCCUGUUGUUCUCAACCAAUCAGAAACGAGUUCCUGUUGUUCUCAACCAAUCAGAAACGAGUUCCUGUUGUUCUCAACCAAUCAGAAACGAGUUCCUGUUGUUCUCGUUCUCUCCUCUGCAGCUCAGACAUGAGUGGGGCGAGUAACACGCUGGCGAGGGAGUUCCUGACGGACGUCCAUCAGCUAUGCAGCGCGGUCGCUCAGAGAGCAGAGGCACGCGAAGAGGACGAGGAGGAGAGUCAUAUGGUGGCUCUGGGAGAGUACCUGGUCAGGGGGCGGGGCUUCCUGCUUCUCAGCACGCUGGACUCCAUUAUUGACCAGGAGCUGACGUGUCGGGAGGAGCUGCUCACUCUGCUGCUGUCUCUGCUGCCGCUCGUCUGGAAGAUCCCGGUCCAAGAGGAGAAAGCCCCGGAUUUCACCCUGCCGUCCUUACUGGAGGUGUUCCUGAGCCGGGAGGUGAAGGCCGCCCCCCUCAGGGCAGGACAGAAAGCCCCCGCAGAUGAGCAGAGUUCAGGGAAGAGGUCCCGCGUUGGCAGUGGAACCUGGAAGUCCCGGAGGUCUCGCAGGACGGCGCAGAGAUACUCCGUAAAAGAUGCACGCCGGUCUCAGGUCUCGACCUCAGAUUCAGAAGCAAACGUUGAAGACAAAGCUGGCCCCGCCCCCGGCGGCGCACGCAGCAGACGCUCACACGGCUCCACCUUCAGAGUGAGCUGUCAGCAUCAUCGUUCAGAGCCAUUGCAGUUAGCACCCACUGCCCCCCCCACAGCGACAGAAACCAUGAGCGCUCCGUACCCACACGCACGGGCCACCGGGUCCACCAUGGCCGACAGUGAAACCCUGACGGACCCGGCUGCGAUCUCCAUCUUCAACCGCAUGGAGAACUCGCCCUUUGACCUCUGCCACGUGCUGCUCUCCCUGCUGGAGAAGGUGUGUAAGUUUGACAUGAGCAUCAACCACAACCCCAGCCUCGCCGUCAGCGUGGUGCCCACUCUCACCGAGAUCCUGACCGAGUUUGGAGACUGCUGCGGCCCGGGGGGGGGUGCAGGGGGAGGGGGGGGAGGGGCGGAGGAACUUGCUGGAGGCUGGACGGAGGAGCCCAUCGCGCUGGUCCAGAGGAUGCUGCUCCGCACCGUCCUGCACCUGAUGUCUGUGGAUGUGAGUCAGUGUGAGAGUCUCCCUGACAGCCUGAGACGCAGCCUGACCGACCUGCUGCGAGCCACGCUGAAGAUCCGCAGCUGUUUGGAGAGACAGAACGACCCCUUCGCCCCCCGGCCCAAAAAGACCCUGCAGGAAGUCCAGGAGGACUUUUCCUUCUCUCGCUAUCGCCACCGGGCGCUGCUGCUGCCCGAGCUCCUCGAAGGAGUCCUGCAGGUUCUGCUGGGCUGCCUGCAGGCCUCCACUCCAAACCCCUUCUUCUUCAGCCAGGCGCUGGAGCUCAUCCACGAGUUCAUCCAGCACCGCGGCCUGGAGCUGCUGGAGGUCACCGUGCUGCGGCUGGAGGGAGUGGGCGGGGCCAGGGACUGUGAGGUGGUGGGCGAGGCUUCAGAGAGGCUGCUGGGACUCAUCGCAGGUGUCUUUAAGAUCAUCAGUGCUGUGAAGAAGGCAAAGUCUGAGCAACUGCAUCAGUCUGUGUGCGCACGCCGCCGCCACCGCCGCUGUGAGUACUCCCACUUCCUGCAUCACCACAGAGACCUGUCUGGACUUCCCGUGUCUGCUUUCAAACAGGCGGCGAGACGAAACCCCUUCGAAGAGGCCGGAGAAGGUAAGGAGGGGUUGGAGGGAGAUGCGGCGCGUUACCCGGAGCGCUGCUGCUGCCUGGCGGCGUGCGCUCAUCAGUGUCUGCGUCUGCUGCACACGCUCUCUCCUAACGGGCCCGCCGUGCUGCAGGUCCUGGCUGGCGUUCAGGCCGUUGGGAUCUGCUGCUGUAUGGACCCUCGCUCGGUGGUCGGCCCCCUGCUGCACGCCUUCCAGGCUCCAGGUCUGCAGAGCUACCAGACUCACGUCCUGAGCGUCCUGAGCAGACUGAUCCUGGAGCAGCUGGGAGGCGGCCAGCCGUCAGAGAAAGCUAAACUGGCGUCCUGUAACAUCUGCACGCUGGACAGCAGCCAGCUGCCCGGGCUGGAGGAGACGCUGCAGCAUGCCGACCACGCCGUCACGCCCAGUCUGUGUUACCGCUCACAGGGCAUCCUGCCCAGCGGGGGGGGAGCGGAGGACAUGCUGUGGAAAUGGGACGCUCUGGAGGCGUACCAGGAGCUGGUGUUUGGCGAGGACUGGCAGCUGAGCCAGCAGAUAGCGGGACACGUGUGUCACCUGACCCUGAGGGGGAACGCCGUUGUGCAGUGGCAGCUCUACACGCACAUCUUCAACCCGGUGCUGCAGAGGGGGGUGGAACUAGCUCACCACGCCCAGCAGCUGGGCGUGUCCACGGUGUGCACGCAGGUCUGCAGCUACCACAGCCGCUGCCUCCCCGUGGACGUGCUGCUCGUCUACCUGCAGACGUUACCCGCUCUCCUCAAGUCCAGGGUGAUCCGGGAUCUCUUCGUCAGCUGUAACGGCCUGAACCAGGUGACCGAGCUGCUCUACCUGGACCAGACCCGCUCUCUGGCUCUGAAGGUGUUUGAGACUCUGAUCAUCGGGGGUGGACGACUGCAGGCUGACGGACUGCUUCAGGAGCUAGAGAGUUUGGAUGCAGAAGAAAGGGAGGCCAUCUUGGGCUUGGCUGAGGAGCUGGGGUCCCGAGGGUCCGGAGAGGGCCCCCAGAGCCUCAGCAAAUUCUAUGAAGGUCUUAAGGAGGUGUACCCACGUCAUAAGAGCCGCGGUGGGCAGGGCCGAGGACUGGGCCGCAGCCGGGCGGGGACCCACCUCCAUGUCAUCAACUUGUUCCUGUGUGUGGCCUUCCUGUGUGUCAGCAAAGAGGCCGAGUCGGACCGAGACUCGGCCAACGACUCGGAGGACACCUCCGGAUAUGACAGCACGGCCAGCGAGCCGCUGGGCGGGCGCCUGCCUUACUUGUCCCCGGACAGCGUGGCCCUGCCCUCUAAGGAGCAGGUCCGCCGCGCUGCAGAUGUGUGGUCAGUGUGUCGUUGGAUCUACCUUGCCAGCCCCCUGUUCCAGAGGCAGUUCUUCAGACUCGGGGGGCUGGACGUCUGCCUGCGCCUCAUGGCCAUGGUCAUCCAGAAACUCUCCUGUAAGCCCAAAGAUGGCAAAGCCAAGAAGAAGAGGGAGGGGAAGGGCAAAGGCAGCCCAGAGUCCAGCGCCCCGCCUGCCUCUCUGGGACCGGAGGACAUGUCUCCAGGCUCAGGCGAGGCUCUGGGUCCGGCUGAGGGAAAGACCAAAGAUCCUGCAAAGAAGCUGGAGGAGGAGUGGCAGCUCCAGAGUAUUCGUCUCCUGGAGGCCCUGCUGGCGAUCUGUCUGCACGGCGCUAACUCGACCCUGCAGAGGAUCGAGCCUGAGCUGUCUUAUCAGCUGCAGUCGGUGGAGGAGACUCUGUUCGAGGUGAGAGAGCAGCUCUCUCGCUCUGGGGUGGUGAACUCUGACCUCGCCGUUCCUCUGUUCGACUCCUUGCUCAGAGUUGCAAUGGCAGAGGUGUCAUCCGGUCCCGACCCCCCUGAGGAGAAGACAGACAGGAAGGUCCAGGUGUUGGCGGAGGGGGCGUCACCGGCGGGCGAUCUGUCCGAGGAGGUGGACGAGGUGCAGAGCUGUGGCGUCAAG